CCAUAGGACAGCCGCAUGUUGCGUCACCACCAGCUGUGUGGAUUCAUGGAAUAAAGAUCCCGAUCUACUUCUGUCACAUGAAAUUUAUUAUACUGGACGUGCAGAAUAUAUAAAACAGAGCUGUUCUCGUCGACAAACACUUCGUUUCGAGCGUGGAGCGACCCAUGCCUUUGGAUAACACUGCGUUACUAUAUCGUACAGACUCCUGGAUUUAGACGGACGUGAAUCAUCUUCUGCUGUUUGUUUUUUAGGUAAAGGGAACUGAAAUGUCGAUUGAAAAACAAAGCGUGUCCGAGGAAAACCUUCAGGGUUCCUGGGUGGAGCUGCAUUUUAAUAAUGGAGGCGGCAGCAGUCCUAAAGGAGGAACGGAGGAACAGGCCACCGCCCCAAGUGGAGACCUGGAAAAGAUGCUUCUGGAUGCGCAGCACGAGUCAGGCAGGAGCAGCUCAAGAGGAAGCCUGCCAUGUGAUAGUCCUCCAAGAUCCCAGACUCCUUCACACUUGCGCAGGGGCUCCGAGGUCCACAGCUCUGGGGAAAAGAACAGCUCACAGUCAGAGGAAGACUAUUUGGAGAGGAGAAGAGAGGUGGAGAUCCUGAUGAAGAAAAAUGCAGACUGGAUCUGGGACUGGUCGAGCCGACCGGAAAACUUACCACCUAAGGAAUUUCUGCUGAGGCACCCGAAGCGUUCCAGCACACUCAGCAUGAGGAACACCAGUGUGAUGAAGAAGGGAGGAAUCUUCUCAGCAGAAUUCCUCAAAGUUUUCCUACCCUCGCUUGUCCUUUCGCACAUCCUUGCUGUGGGUCUCGGGGUGUACAUCGGAAGGCGUAUUACUACUUCUGGCACAUUUUGAGGGAGCAGGAAGGGCCAAGAAACAAGAAAAAUCUCAUAUAUACGCACAUCCACCAUCUCAGCUGCUUUGUCGUGAAUCAGUGCUCGUGUAGAUGCAGAUAGGACGAGGUCACGUGACACAUUUCCUCUCCCCGGUUGUGGGCCGCUCUCUAUCUUGCUUCUCCCUUGUGUAUUCCACUGGCCUUUCCCAUAGUUCCUCUCCCAAAUCGACAUGUAAUGCCAGUCCAUUCCAGGGCCGUCAGCGCAGGGAAGGCCACGCUAGACUUACGGGCACAUGCCUGAUAGAAUUAGAUGUAAUGCAUCCUCAGAAUUUUGUAUUUACUAGUAACAAGACUACUAAGAAUAUUAUGAGAGGAUCAUAAAGUAAGGGAUGAAAGAGGAAGGGACGAGUGGAGCACGAGAAGCUGGAUCUCCAGAGAUGUGAUGCUUGAAAACUUGAGACUGUGAAUUGAGAGUAUUUUUGACUUUCUACCCCAUAUCAAAACAGGGAUCAUAUCUAUCGAAUGCUAAAUCUCAACAUUUGCUGAUAUAACAAUGUCAAAGCACCAUUUUGCUGUAUCUUGAAGUUGUUUCUGCAUGUAUGAUGUUCCAGACACCAAAAACAGACCUUUGCUUUGGGAAUCAGGCUGUGCACAGUAUUAUACAGUAUAUGCUAGCAAAAAGUUGAGUACCAUAUCAACACUUAUCUGAAUGUCAGUUGAAAUCUCAAAUAAAUGUACAAUAUACAUCAAGCCUAACUUCAGGUUUCACUAAUGAUGUUGAAUUUCACCUUAGUGCUCACCUGAAUAGGAAUCACAGAUGUUCUUUCCAGAUGUUUAUCGGAACGGUCAGGGUUCCAGCCCAAAGAUUGCCUUAAAUAAAACUGUUAAUAAAUCAGGCAGGAGUAUAAGGGAAAUUGUGUACAUUUGUGCAUGUUUUGUAGUCUUUAAAAAUUGUAUUUGGUGUAUGUGUCAAUUUCAUAGUGGUUUUGUAUCAACAGAAAUAAAUGUCUGCCAACUAUUACACUUC